CGUGUUCGUUGAUCGUUGAUUUCAAAUCGUCUACUCCUUGUCUGGUUCUUAACGUGUUCUCAUCGCAACCAUGAAGGUCUGUGUAGUUUUACUUCUAUUUGCCGUUAUCGGCGCCGCGGUGGCUGAAGGUGUUGGCAAGGAAGAAAAGAAAACUAGGAUCGACAAACCUGUGGACAAGCCGUCGUCACGCGUGUCUUCCGAACAGAAGUCUGACCUGGUAAAUCGCAGAAAGGAACAUUUGAAGACUCUGCCUGCAGGUAAAAGCAGUGCCCAGCUGGUAAGCGAGAAGAAACAAUUGAUGAGAAACGAGAAGGAAAGGAUGGCGGAAAUAAAAGCAUCUAGGCUCUCGCCAGAAGAGAAAUCCUUGAAAUUGGAAAGCCUAAGGAACGAAUACAGAAGCGAAAUAACUGCUCUAUCGAAGGAGGCUAAAACCGCCGCCAGGCUUGAAGACGGGCGUCGACGCACAUUCCAACAGGAGAAAGAAGCACGUAAAUCUGGAAAGAGAAGCAAACCAGCACACCCUAAAUUAGGUAUACCGAAAGAGAAAAUUCACUGAAAAUAUCGUAUAUAAUUGAAUGUAUUUUUCACUAUAAUUUACAUAUAUUUAAUUUAUAAUUGUAUUUUUUUUUAUUGACGUGUUUAUUUCAAAUUUUCAAAUAAAUUAUUGCAAUAAUUAA